AUGAGGAGGUUUCCCAAGGCGGGGGGCUGGACCUACAGGGAGAUGGAGGACAACCUGGCGGCGGCCCUGAGCGCGUGCGCCGGGCUGUCGGAGAUGAGGAAGGUCCACGCGCGCAUGGUGGCGCUCGCCCUCUCGCAGAGCAACUUCCUCGCCACGAAGCUGGUCCUCGCCUGCGCGGCCGCGGCGGAGAUGGCCUACGCGGAGGUCAUCUUCAGCCAGGUGGCGGAGCCAAACACCUUCCUCUUCAAUGCUAUGAUCAGGGCCUACUCCCACAACGCCGGUCACGCCGACGCCCUUGCGCUCUACAAGGCGAUGCUCCUCCGCCGCGUCGCCGCCGACCGCUUCACCCACCCCUUCGUCCUCAAAGCCUGCGGCGCUCUGGCCCUGCCGGCCCUCGGCACACAGGUCCACGCCCACACCUGCAAGUUCGGCCUGGACUCGGCACCUGUCGUGGAGAACUCCCUUCUUGAGAUGUACGCCAGAUCGAGGGGCGACCACCUUCUCUCUGACGCGCGGAAGGUGUUCGACAAAAUGGCGCAGCGGGACGCGGUCGCAUGGAACACACUCAUCUCGGCGCACGCACGGCGCGGGCAGAUGGGGGAGGCGAGUCUCCUCUUUGAGGAGAUGCCGGAGAAGACGGUGAUUUCGUGGACGGCGUUGAUCUCCGGUCACGCCAGCGCCGGUGGCCACGCGGCGGCGCUGGAGGUCUUCCACCGGAUGCAGCGGUCGGGGGCGAAGCCGGACCACGUCACCCUCGUCUCCGUCCUCCCCGCGUGCGCCCGCCUGGGGGCCCUGGAGAUGGGCCGGUGGAUCCACGCCUUCGCCGACAGGAACAGCCUCCUGGGGGAGACCCAGGUCUGCAACGCCCUCGUGGAGAUGUAUUCCAAGUGCGGGAGCCUCCGAGAGGCCCGCCAGAUGUUCGACCGAAUGCCGCGCCGGGACGUGGUCUCCUGGAGCGCCAUGAUCGGCGGGCUCGCGCACCACGGCCGCGCGGCCGAGGCCGUGGAGCUGUUCGAGGCCAUGAGGGUCUCCUCUGUGGAGCCGAACGGGGUCACCCUGCUGGGGGUCCUCUCCGCCUGCGCCCACGCGGGGCUCACGGAUAAGGGCAUGGAGAUCUUCGCCUCCAUGGCGAGGCCGGGAGUAGAGCACUACGGCUGCGUGGUGGAUCUCCUCGGGCGGGCCGGCCACGUACGGCGCGCACGCCAGAUGAUCGAGGAAAUGCCGGUGCCGGCAGACGCGGCCAUCUGGGGCUCCCUUCUCGGCGCAUGCAGGACGCACGGGGACGCAGAGACCGCCGCCGUGGCCGCGGAGCGGCUGCUGGAGCUGGAGCCGGAGGACGCCGGGAACUGCGUGCUGCUUUCCAACGUGUACGCCGCUGCGGGGAGCUGGGAAGGCGUGUCGCGGCUGAGGAAGGAGAUUCGGAGCAGGAACAUGAGGAAGACCCCAGGGUGCAGCUCUAUUGAGGUGGGCAACCUGGUUAAGGAGUUCGUCGCGGGGAGAGCCUGGGGACCCGAUUUCUCGGAGAUCUCUGCCGUCCUGGAGCUGCUCGCUUCCCAGCUCGGCGGUGAGGAAGAAGACCCGGCGGCCAUUGGAAACCACGGGUGA